AUGCCGACUCCAGUAAAGCUCAAUGCCAUGCGGCAAAAACGCACCAACUGCAUCGGCAACAUCAAGGCCCUGGAGCGCGACAUUGAUCAGUAUCAGCAAGCUGAGGAGCUUGACGUUUUCCUCGCGAGAAAAUAUCAAACCCAACUCGAGGAAGAAUGGAGACGGUUCCGACUCGUCCACGAUGAGCAACGAUCGACCCCGUCGAUAGCUGUAAGUAACCCCAGCGGCGAUUCAUCAGCGACCUCGAAUCCAGUCGCGAUCAAAUUACCGGAUCUUCGGCUUCCUCCAUUUGAUGGAAGCGUAGAGAAGUGGAGCACAUUCUACGACACCUUUUUAUCUACAAUAGAUCGAAAUCCUGAUCUCACGGACAUACAGAAAUUCCACUGCCUGCAGUCCGCUUUGCAGGGAGAGGCAGCGGACUGCUUGAACGCGUUACCCCUGAACAAUCUAAAUUACAGUCAGGCUCUGACCGUUCUCAAGGAUAGUUUCGAAUGUCCUCGAUACACCGCAUCCAGCCACUGCAUGUCAAUACUUGAUUACCCCAGAUUAACCAACGAUUCCCCGACGGAAUUAAGGCGUUUAGCCCACACUAUCAAGCAACACAUAUGUGCUUUAAACAAAUUAGGUCAAGUCAACCCCGACAACAGUGCUCUCCUUAACUGCAUCAUUUUGUCGAAGGUACCACUAAGUAUCCAAAAACAGUGGGAAAUGACUCUGUCUGACCACGAAGUGCCUCAGUAUAGUCUCUUGCUAAAAUUUCUCGAGAAAUUAGCACGGAGCUCCAGACCGCUUCCCCCGGGUCAACAAUCAAGAGCCGCACCGGAGCAAACUAUUUGGAUCCGUCAACGCGCCUCACGAGGGCAUGUAUUGACAGCGACACAAGCCACUCCAGUAUGCCCUACCUGUCAGGGACAACACCGGGUCUGGCGAUGCGAUUCCUUCAAAUCCAAAACUGUAAGUAAACGCUUAAAGGACGCUACAAGGGCGUCUUUAUGCUUGAACUGUCUGAAGAAGGGGCACAUUGCACGUGAUUGUCACGCCGGCUCAUGUCGAGUGUGCGGAGGACGACAUCACACGCUGCUACAUCCGGAAAAACAGUCGUCGAGGUCGAAUUCCUCCAUCUCGAGCCGAAGUCCCUCCUCGUCAAGCAGGAGAACAGCAUCGCCCCCGUCACCUACCGGUAAGCGGAAAACCUCGAAGAAGCCCAAUUCGGGAACUCGCCCACCAGUUCAUCCGACAGUUCGAAACGGACACACGCUGACCACAGCCCAAGUCCACAUAUUAACCAACAAGCAGCAACCGAUCCAGUGCCGUGCGCUCCUCGACACCGGAUCCAGCAUGAACUUCAUCACACAAAGGCUUGCAAACAUUGGCGAUGAAACGACUCGCAUCCCUCAACCGCCGAUUCCAGCGCGACAGGCGCUUUGA